CGCGAGACACUCCAUCUCGACACAUAUAUGUACCUCAACCACUUACUCUCUUUGUAGCAUUGUAUGCGUACUCGGGGUGUUGUGAUUGACUGUCUGCUAUUCAAAGUAUAAAUCGCCGUGCACAAGAUCACACGCGAAGCGCCCUCCAGAGCCUCUGAUCUCUGCCUGGAUCUUGUCAUGUGCCCGCGCAAGAGCGUUCGCACUUGCAGUCGCAGGCACAAACACGCCGACAUGACUAUGUCGUGAACAUCUGGUUUCGUGUUUUCCUUCUUUAUAUCACUUCAGCUUAGAGUACGUUUGCUGAGAAACCCCGCACCCACCCUGUGCCACUCUUGGUCGGCCACCGAUGGCUUCAAACUUCAUCUCCAGAUUUGCAGGCUCAAGCAACGCUUCUGCCUCGAUUUACGAGACCCUCCGCCAAUAUGACGAAGACACUGAUGGCUCAGACGUUGAAGAAAGAGCUGGGCUCGCGGCUGGGCUUCGAGCUGCAAGAGAUGGGUUCCACGAUCUCGGUGAAAGUCACAUGAAUAUGCACACGGAUAGGGCCAACUCCCGUCAUAUUGAAACACAUGGUGAUGGCUCGAGAGUAAUGGGCAAGGACAAACACAGAGUGUCACAGCGGCCGAGGUGGAGUUCGAGACCAGACAGAUUGUUAGAGGUCGAAGAGGUGGACGAUGAUGUCCCAGCAUCACUGCUCAUCGACCACAAUGCCGAGGGGAGAGAGCAUGAUUCCAUGUCCUUGCCUCCACCUCCAAGUCAGAUGUCCGACGGACUCCCUUCACCUGGAGAUCUCGGAUUCCUCAAUUCUGGCCGCAAUCAACGCUCGAGGAGUCAAGGCGAACCAAACCAAGGAGUCCCCCGAAGCAUGCCCUUCAAUCCGUCCUUCUGGAGCAACUUGGCCAAUGCUGAUCCGAAAGAGAGGGCCAUGUUCCGCUGGGUGAACGUGACAAACUUGGACAACUUCCUCCUCGAUGUCUACAACUACUACUUAUGCCAUGGAUUCUGGUCCAUCCUGCUGAUGCGAUUUCUCAAUCUGAUCACGGUCGCGUUCGUCAUCGGCUUCUCGCUGUUCCUCACACAAUGUAUCGACUACCAAGAAAUCAAGGGCAGCACUAAGAUGUCGGAGAUACUUAUCCCUCAAUGUGCCAGCAAGAUGGGCUUCAUACCCAAUGCACUCCUGUGGAUCACCAGUUUCGUCUGGGUGUGGAACCUUGUCCUUUACUUUUUCGACAUCUUCCGGUUGAGACAAAUGCAUGACUUCUACUUGUAUUUGCUCGGGGUUCCGGAGGCAGAGAUUCAAUCCAUAUCGUGGCAAGAGAUUGUGAGUCGGUUGAUGGCUUUAAGAGACUCAAAUCCCACCAUAACUUCCACUUUCAAGAAGUCCACCGGCUUUAUCAGGUCGCAAAACAAGCAACGAAUGGACGCGCACGAUAUUGCCAGUAGACUGAUGCGAAGGGAGAACUACAUGAUCGCCAUGAUCAACAAGGACCUUCUCGACUUGACACUACCGAUACCAUUCCUCCGCCACCGCAAAUUGUUUACACGCACACUCGAAUGGAAUCUUGAGUUGUGCAUCAUGGACUUCGUCUUCAACGACAAAGGACAGGUUCGGCCUCUUUUCCUGAAAGACACACACCGCAAGAGCCUCUCUGAAGCGUUACGGAACCGAUUCAUUGCUAUGGGCAUUGUGAACCUGAUAUUCUCGCCUUUUCUCGCCGUGUUUGCCAUUACCAAGCACUUUUUCCAGAACUUCAACGAGUAUCAAAAGAAUCCAGCUCAGAUUGGGUCGAGGGAAUACACUCGCUUUGCGCAAUGGAAGUUCCGCGAGUUCAAUGAAUUGUAUCAUUUGUUUCAGCGACGAAUCAACAUGUCUUAUCCUUUUGCAACACGAUAUAUCAACCAGUUCCCCAAGGACAAGACAGUGCAAGCUGCCAAGUUUGUAAGUCUGGUGUCCGGAGCUGUGGUCUCAGUGCUCGGUCUCGCCACAGUGUUAGAUCAGGAGAAUUUCCUCAACUUUGAGGUCACUCCAGGUCGCACAACCAUCUUUUACAUUGGCAUCUUCGGCUCGAUAUGGGCUGUCGCUCGUGGUCUUCUGCCGGAUGACAACAUGGUCUAUGACACGGCUUUCUCGGUGCAAGAGGUGAUUGACUUCACACAUUACGUUCCAGCGCAUUGGGAGGGUCGACUUCAUACUGUCGAAGUGAAGGACGAAUUCUCGGAGUUGUACCAGAUGAAAGUCGUCAUCUUCUUCGAAGAAGUGCUGAGUAUGAUAUUCACACCUUUUGUUCUAUGGUUCAGUCUGCCCAAAUGCAGUGAGCGCAUCAUCGACUUCUUUCGAGAGUUUACUGUGCACGUGGAUGGGAUUGGAUACGUUUGCUCUUUCGCAGAAUUCGGCUUCAUGGAAAGAGCCAUCAGACCUCAAGCUGCUCAGGCGACUUCAAAGCCUGCGGCGACGGGUGCAGCCACUCAAGCCGGCAAGGACACUGCGAAUGCAAAGGAAACCCUACGAGACGACUAUUUCGCGUCCAAAGACAAUAAACUCGAACAGAGUUACUGGGGUUUUAUGAACGACUAUGCGCGCAAUCCCAAGACAGACGUUCGGUUCCCUUACAGCAACCCGCGUCGGAGGUUUAACAUGCCUCCACCAGUACCAGGCUUGCCUUCACCCAGCUUUCCGACAGCCGACUACGGCUUGGGCAUAUUAUCUCCGCCUCAGCUCGGCGCCACGAGCACGCCCAGAUCUGGGCCUCAACAUCACAGCCAUGGUCAGAGUCAAGUUCAACCUCAGCCGCUUGGCUCACCACUACAGUCUCUCCUUCUUGAUCCUCACCACCAACCUUCAGCCAGCGGUUUUGCCGUGUCGCCACAGACUUUACGAGCCCGUGGGUCUGUCGUGCACAAGCCUCGUCAUCGUGACCGCGAUAACAUCCCAGAUGACGUUGCAGAGGAGAGUUCUACCGGGUUCGGGGCUCAUGUUGACCAACACGCACAGUCACAGUCGAAUGAUCUGGUCUCCGCUGUCGCGGCUGAACCGUUGUCUCUUGGCACCACGCACGAAGGCGAGCUGGGCUCGUGGAAGUACGACGCCGAAUCGUCCGACGGUGGUGGAAGCGAGGAUGAUGGUGAUGAGGACGAUGCUAAAGCUAUUACUGCUCUUGGUGCGUUGGGACCGCUUGGGUUGAUCAGGCAGUUUCAGAAGGCG